AUGCCAGGAAUUGAUCGAGACAUAGUACAAAAUAAGAUCCCCACAGACCCUAACAUGAGGCCAGUAAAACAAAAGAAGCGUUGGCUUAGGCCAGAAUGGGAAGAAAAGAUAGCUCAAGAGGUGAAAAAGCUCAUUGAGGCUGAUUUCAUUGAAGUAAUUGAGUAUCCUGAGUGGUUAGCCAACAUUGUGCCAGUCCCUAAGAAGGAUGGGCGAGUUCAGAUGUGUAUAGAUUAUAGGGACCUGAAUAAGGCUACUCCUAAGGAUAAUUUCCCAUUGCUUCAUAUCCUCAUGGAUUUGAUAGAUAAAGCAAAGACUACUUUUAUCACUGAAUGGGGGACUUAUUGUCAUAAGCCAGUGGUGUGGAAUGAGCAAUGCCAAGAGGCAUUUGAAAAGAUAAAGCAGUACCUGAGAAAUCCACCAAUUUUGUCACCACCCAUCCCUAGCAUCCCUCUAAUCCUCUACCUAUCAGUGGAAAACAUGGCCUUGGGGGUAAUGUUGGCACAAGAAGUAGAGAAUCUGGAGAGAGCCAUCUAUUACAUCAGUAAGAAACUCCUUGCUUAUGAGGAGAAUUAUUCACUAAUAGAAGGAACUUGUCUAGCUGUAGUAUGGGCAACUAAGAAGUUAAGGCACUACUUUCAGACCCAUCGAGUUAUUGUAGUAUCCCGGAUGGAUCCUUUAAAGCACCUAUUUGAAGCACCGAUGCUAGUUGGAAAACUGGCCAAAUGGUUGGUCCUACUGUAUGAAUUUGAUAUUGUGUAUGAGACUCGAAAAACUAUCAAAGGGCAUGUAGUGGCCGAAUUUCUUUCUGAAAAUCCAGUUGAUGAGGAGGAAGAAGUCGAAACAGCCUUCCCGGAUGAGAGUCUCAAGCUAGUAGUGGUCCGGCCAUGGAAAAUGUACUUUAAUGGGGCCAUGAAUAAGAGCGGAGCCGGUAUAGGGGUAGUUUUGGAAGCACUAAAUAGAGAACAAUUGUUAAUGUCAAAAAGGCUAUGUUUCCCAGCCACUAAUAAUAUUGCAGAAUAUGAGGCUUGCAGUUGUGGCCUAGAGGCAUUAAUAGCUGUUGGGGCUAAAAAAGUGGAGGUGUUCAGAGAUUCAAUGCUAGUGGUUUCCCAUGUUAAAGGUGAAUGGGAAUUGAAAGAAGAAAAGUUGAGGCCAUACCUGGAGUAUGCUAAGAAACUAUUAUUUAGCUUUGAGGAAGUGACUAUGAAGCACAUGCCUAUAACUCAGAACCAGAUGGCUGAUGCUCUAGCCACGUUGGCAUCCUUAUGGGAGAAGGGUGAUCAGAAGCUGACCCACCUAGUUAUCCUGGUGAGGAGUAAAAUCCCAUGCUAUGAAGGGUUAACAAUAGCACAUUUAGAUCUAGAAGAUGAGAUGAAAUGGUAUGAGGACAUAAGAAGAUAUUUAGAGGUAAGAGAAUACCCACAGUCAGCCAAUAGUAGGGAUAGAGCUACAAUUCGUAGAUUAGCCACUCAGUUCACUUUGGCUGGGAGGCAACUCCACAAAAGGUUCUUCGAAGGACUAUUACUCUUGUGUGUGAUAAAAAAGCAGUCUGAGCAGAUAAUGGAGGAAGUACAAGCAGGAGUGUGUGGUCCUCACAUGAAUGGAAGGGCAUUAGCGGGCAAAAUUUCAAAAUUGGGCUAUUACUAG